AUGGUGAUGUGUGAGGCUUGUUUACUUAUCUUGCAGGGUAUCGUCGGCAUCCGCACGGCCAUCCUGGUCGUCGCCGGCCUCGCCUGGUGUGGUAGCGUGCUCGCCGGCGGCUGGGAGGAGCGCGUCUUCAACGUCGAGCACUUCGGCGCUCGAGGCGACGGCCUCACGGACAGCACCGAGGCGUUCGUGCACGCAUGGACCGCGGCGUGCGGCGCCAGGGGCGCGUCGGCGUCGCUGCUCGUGCCGGCGGCCAAGUCCUUCCUCGUCGGCCCCACCGAGUUCAGAGGGCCCUGCGCCGCCACCAGAAUCACCGUCCAGGUAAUGGGCACCAUUACGGCGCUGCCGGCGAGCGCAUGGGACCGGCAGAACUACUGGCUGAUGUUCCGUCAGGUCGACGGGCUCACGGUGACCGGCAGCGGUGGUGUGCUCGACGGCCGAGGCGAGACUUGGUGGAGCAACAGAUGCAGAGACGGUGAUGAAUGUAUUCCUCAUGCUCCCACGUCCCUGGUGCUGAUGGACUGCACCAACCUGGAGCUGAGCCACUUCAGCAGCAAGAACAGCCCGCAGAUGCACAUCGCCGUCAUCCAGAGCAGCAAGGUCAACGUGACGCAGCUCACCAUCACCGCCCCCGGGGACAGCCCCAACACCGACGGCGUCCACAUCGACCGGAGCGAGGACGUGCACAUCACCGGAUUAACCAUCGGCACCGGCGACGACUGCAUCUCCAUCGGCCCCGGCAGCCACUUCGUCACCAUCGACGGGAUCAUGUGCGGGCCCGGCCACGGCGUGAGCGUGGGGAGUCUCGGCAGGCAUGGCGCAAUGGAGUCAGUGGAGCACAUCGAUGUGAGAAACGUCCACUUCAUCAACACCAUGAACGGAGCGAGAAUCAAAACCUGGCAGGGUGGGAGAGGCUACGCGAAAUCCAUCUCCUUCACCAACAUAAACUUCACCAACGUGGAAAAUCCAGUGAUCAUCGACCAGUUCUACGUAGACCGCGGCGUCGUCCCAAACGCGGGGGCAGUGGCGCUGAGCAAUAUAACGUACACGAACCUGAAGGGGACUUCGAGCCGGAAGACGGCCGUCGAUUUCGACUGCAGCGACAGCGGCAGUUGCAGGGACAUCAGCGUCAGCUCCGUGCUGAUCACAGCUUCGGACGGCCGAGGAACUGAAGCCCGCUGCCGAAACGCUCAGGGGAAAACCUCCGGAUACGUCUACCCAAGAAUCCCUUGUCUUAGCUAA